AUGGCCGACGAAACACCAACACCGACCAUGAUUUCCAACCCUUUUCAUCUUGCUCAUGCCAUAUCCAACAUCAAAGCUCUUAUUCCUGUUACCCUGGAUAUUAAAAAUCCGAACUAUCAAAAGUGGAGUCAUUUCUUCAUCAUCACCGCAGGCCGUUUUUGCCUCACCGAUCUGCUUCUCGGAAACGCAAAGCCCACCAACAUCUCCGCUGACGAAUGGCAACGCGCGGAUUACCUCCUCCAAUCUUGGAUCUAUGGCACCAUAAUCGAGGACCUCUCAAGCAUGGUCCUCUCCAAAACCGCAAAGGCUCAUGAUCUGUGGAAGGCCCUCGCCUCUCUCUUUACAGACAACGAAGACUAUCAGGCCAUCCAACUCGAAGAACAGUUCAAGUCCCUCAAGAAAGGAUCUCUUUCGAUCCAUGACUAUUGUCAACUUCUCAAAACCACUGCCGACAACUUGGCAGACGUCGGCAACCCCGUGUCAGACAAGCAACUCGUCCUCCAAACCCUCCACGGUCUACCAAAACAUUACGGGACCAUUGUCAAUCUAAUCUCCUUCCAAACUCCGUUACCCUCUUUUCUCCAAACACGUUCACUACUCCAGAUGGAAGAACAGCGCAUUGCUGAACCGGAGCAGACCCCUACUGUUCUCUACACAUCUCGCCCCAACAGUUCCAACAGUUGGCCGAACAGUUCCAACAGUUGGCCCAACACUCCCAGCAAUUAUCGAGGUGGUGGUUCUUGGCGCAAUCAGCGAGGUGGCGGUCGCACAAAUCGUCGUGGCGGUCGUGCUCAUGCUUAUUUCGUUGGACAGCAAGAUCCCCAACAGCACGUGAACUGUUCCAACAGUUCGUCGAACAGUGGUCCGCCCCUACAGCCAACAGAUCUUGCCACUCAUCUCAACACGUUGACUCUUCAGUCAUCAAGCGAACCUCAGUGGUUUAUGGACACGGGCGCCUCAUCUCACAUGGCACCUCACUCAGGACCUUCGGACCAGAGCAGUCAUCCUCAGGUGAAAUAG